AUGGUUGGAAGCGUGGCUGAAGGUAUUUCUAUGUCUCUUUCACAAUCCCAAGACCUUCAAGAGCUUUUUGCACCUGAGGGCCUUCCAUCGCCUCCUUCUUUCAGUCAUCUGCAUGUGAAUGAUCUGGGGCUUACACCUUCCCCUGGAUCGCAGCAGCGGCAACAGCAACGCUCGGCAGAUGUCACUCAUGCAUCGUCCCGAAAUGAAAAGCGUGAUAAACCUAAUGACGGAGUAGCCGACAAAAUUGCGACAAAGGGCUCUACGCAACAAGCAGAAGACUUGUCAACUGACACGAAUGAGCCCUUAUACGAUCCACUCUUCGAUUCGGACUUCGCUUUUCAGGACUUUGAGUCGGACUUUCUUUCGCAUAAACGCGCUCAUAACGAAGCAUUUUCCGAAGAUUUCAGCGUUGAGGAACCCCUAGGAAAGCGACAGAACCAGGAUGGAUUAAACUUGGGUGAUGUGCUUCCGGAAGAGACUCCUUCUCUAACGCCUGAUUCGUCUCACCGGCCGGAAUAUGUCGAAACUGCCCUAAAUACACCAGCUGGUAUAGAGAGGUCGCAUACUCCAAAUUCCUUGUUUAGCUCUCUUGACCUUCUUUUCCCUGAGUCGAGAUUCCCCGCACCGUUGGAUAAUACGGUGCUAUUCGAUAAUCUCGCAAUUCGUCCAGGCCAUGCGGUAUCUCAGGAUUCAGGGCCAGAACUAGCUCCCACCAAAUGCGUUGAGUUGUCUACUGAAAUACAGUCUGCCAGCGACGUAACGCAACAACGGUUUUCCCUUGAUGCGCAAGAUUUGCUUGCCAACACAAAUCGAGAGAUCUUACAGCGGGCGGAUGAUGUACCACAAUAUGUGUCCCCGUACCCUGAAUACAGAGGCUCCUUGGGUUAUCUUCCAUCGGCACCGAGUCUUCAUGUCAAGUGCGUGGAAGUUGUCGACGAGCGUAUGAACUACCGCAUGGAAUGUAUUCGCUCCAAGAACCACCAAUUGACACACGAGCGAAAUAAGUAUAAAAGCUUCUAUGACGAGUUUAGUACGGUGGACCAAGCGACGGGGAAGACCAAGCAUCAGAUGCUUCACCAUGAUAAUGCGAUGCUUCGGCGCAAUGCUACUCGACACCAGAAACGGGUUGACGGGUACAAAGAGGAGAUCGAGCAUUGGAAGAGCAAGCUACAUGAAGUUUCGACGCUAUACAACAACCUCCUUUAUGAUGUUGCUAUUCAACGGAGACUUCCUGAAGUUGCGCCUCCCCCAGCCAAGUACAGACCCCGGCCGACCCAGCACCAGCCAGCCGCCGUUACAGCUGUGAGACCUCAAUUACCGUCAUCUCUGGCCCCAACACAGCCAGCCCCAAACCAGCAACCUGCUCAGCAUCCAUUUCCCAGGCGGGAUGCUCAAUCUCCGUCGGGCACAACCACAGCGAUAGCUACCGCGAACCAACUCGCUCUCCAGCCUCUUCAUUCCUGCCCAGCCCCAGUGGCAGGUCGUAGCUCGCAAGCAGUUACAAUAGACCUUACAACAGAGGACGAUCCCAACACGGCCCCCAACCAUCCUCCCAAUCCUUCUCCGCAUUCUGGGGCAAACGCAAACAGCGGGGCGGAAGUACUUCAAUCCUUCCGACAGAAAAAUUAUUCCUGGCUCAAGGAACCAAACCAGGUGCCGAACGCCACGUAUCGGACGGGAUCUUCUCUCAAUAAUGCCAAUGCUGAUCGUGCAGCAACCGGAUCAAGUAGCGGUCAUACGUCAACCGACGAUCCUCAGCCUUCCCGCCCACAACACGGGAACGAUGGUCAUGACGUUGAGCAAGAUGAAUUGGCGCAGAUGAUGGAAGCGGAACUUGGCCGGCAGACGUGA